CCAUUGUAGAGCUUCCCAAGCUCAAAUACUCUUCCCAUACAGUCCCCUUCCCUGCACAUGCCAUGUCCAUAACAACCCACCCCAUCACCCCCUUCACCACCCACCCCAACCACCUAUCCACCUCCAUCUCCAAAGCCACUUCCCUCCUUCAACUCAAACAAAUCCAUACCCAAAUCCUCAAACAAAACAUAAGCCCAUCAACUUCCAAUUCUCUCCUUUUCAACCUCAUUCUUUCUUCCAUUCCUUUCUCAUCAGCCCUUCACUAUUCCCUUUCCAUCUUCUCCACUAUACAUCCCCCACAAACCCACCUCACCAACAAGCUUUUUCGCCAACUUUCGCGUUCUAAAGAACCCCAUAAUGCUUUCUUGUUUUUGGAAAAUGGUAGAACAAAUGGCUUGGAGGUUGACAGGUUUAGUUUCCCGCCAUUGCUGAAAGCUGCAUCGAAGGCUUUGGCGUUGCGUGAAGGAGUUGAGAUUCAUGGGUUGGUUUGUAAACUUGGAUUUGAUUAUGACCCGUUUGUUCAAACUGCUUUGCUUGGGAUGUACGCGAAUUGUGGACAAAUUCAAGAUGCGCGGUUGGUGUUUGAUAAAAUGUCUCAAAGAGAUAUUGUCACUUGGGAUAUAAUGAUUGAUGGCUACUGUCAGAAUGGCCUUUUUGAUGAUGUAUUGGUGUUAUUGGAAGAGAUGAGGAGCUCUAAUGUGGAGCCGGACGGGAGGGUUUUCACAACCAUUCUAUCUGCUUGUGGUAAAACUGGAAAUUUAGCCAUUGGGAAAGUGAUUCAUGGGUUAAUAUCUGAGAAUAACAUCAUCGCUGAUUCUCGUCUGCAAAGUUCUCUGAUCAGCAUGUAUGCAGGCUGUGGCUGCAUGGAUUUGGCUCAGGAUUUGUAUGAAAAAAUGUCACAAAAGAAUUUGGUGGUAUCAACUGCCGUAAUUUCAGGAUACUCAAAGGUUGGGCAAGUUGAAGCUGCACGCUCUAUUUUUGAUCGAAUGACAAAUAAGGACUUGGUUUGUUGGAGUGCGAUGAUAGCUGGUUAUGCAGAGAGCGAUCAACCUCAAGAAGCUCUGAAGUUACUUGACGCAAUGCAGGCAUCUGAAGUGAAGCCUGACCAAGUAACUAUGUUAAGUGUUAUCUCAGCCUGUGCUAAUCUCGGUGCAUUGGAUCAAGCAAAAAGAAUGCAUUUGAUUGUUGAUAAGUAUAGAUUUCGAGAAGCUUUGCCUGUAAAUAAUGCCCUAAUUGAUAUGUAUGCCAAAUGUGGGUGUCUAGACGGAGCAAGAGAAGUUUUUGGUCGAAUGCGAAGGAAAAAUGUUAUUUCCUGGACUAGUAUGAUUAGCGCAUAUGCCAUUCAUGGAGAGGCCGAUCAGGCCUUGAUGCUUUUUUAUCAAAUGAAAGAGCCCAAUUGGAUUACGUUUGUGGCUGUUCUAUAUGCUUGUAGCCAUGCUGGACUAGUUGACGAGGGACAACAGAUCUUCUCGUCAAUGCUGAAUGAGUACAAUAUUACACCUAAAGUUGAACACUAUGGUUGCAUGGUGGACCUUUACGGCCGAGCGAAUCGUCUAAGAGAAGCCCUAGAGCUGAUAGAGACUAUGCCUAUGGCUCCAAAUGUUGUCAUAUGGGGUUCAUUAAUGGCUGCUUGUCGGAUCCAUGGUGAGUUUGAACUAGGAGAAUUUGCAGCUAAAAGGCUUCUUGAGUUAGAUCCUGAACAUGAUGGGGCUUAUGUCUUCUUAUCAAACUUCUAUGCAAAAGGAAGAAGAUGGGAAAAUGUUGGGGAGGUAAGACAACUUAUGAAACACAAAGGCAUAUUGAAGGAACGGGGACACAGUAAGAUUGAAAUGGACAAUGAGAUACACGAAUUCUUAACAGCUGAUAAGAGUCAUAAACAUGCAGAUGACAUCUAUGCAAAGCUAGACGAGGUAGUUUGCAAGUUGAAGCAGGUUGGUUAUGCUCCAAAUACAAGCGUUGUUUUAAUUGAUGUAGAUGAAGAUGAGAAGAAGGAUAUGGUUCUCUUGCACAGCGAGAAAUUGGCUCUUUGUUAUGGAUUACUGAAAAGUAAUAGGGGAUCGUCACCAAUACAUAUAAUUAAGAACUUAAGGAUCUGUGAGGAUUGCCAUAACUUUAUGAAGUUGGCAUCUAAGGCGUUUGAGAGAGAAAUUGUUGUAAGAGAUAGGACUAGAUUUCACCAUUACAGAUAUGGCUCAUGUUCUUGUAAAGACUACUGGUGACAGCAAUUUAUGAAAUAGAACUAGUGUACUAAUUGUAUUAUAUUGUCCUCAUUUCUCUUUAGCAUUCAAUUUCAUAAGUGCAGGCAGAGCACUUCUGGC